GCCAAUCAGAUGUCUCGAAGGGUUUGCGUGUAAGACAGACCUGGUUUUUAGGCUGUGCCACAUUUUCCUACAUUUCCUAACUUUUUGUCACCUUUAAUGAUCAUAAACUGGAAGGAUAUGAUAUAUUUUUAAUGAUUUUGCUGUGAAUUCCUAUCUUGAGUAGUCCUUUUAGGUGCCUGUCACUGCUGUGUCACACCAGGAGUGGCAGAGGAGGAACUCUCUGAGCCAGCUGGGAAGGACCUGAGCUUGGGAGACAGGAGAAGGAAGAGAUUGAUGAAGAAACAGCGUCUGGCUGGAGAAGGAAAAAUGUACAACCCAGGGCCAGUGUGGAAAGGAGAGCCCCCAUUGGUCUGGCGUGUGUCUUGGAACAUUUUCCUGAUAUGUGGAAAGCUGCAGCGCCCGAGCUGAUGGGAACACAAGACGGCAGAGCUGUGCAUUCAUGGCAGUCAGGAUCAAGUGUUGUGCUCUGAGAAGAUGCAUAAAGGACUUUUGGUUCUUCUUAAGAUGGAAAAUCCAAACAGGCUGUGUGGAGAGCAAUGGAUGGAUUUCUCUAUUAGCAGUUUGGCUCUGGUUGGUCGAUGUGCAUUCCUCCCAGAGUAACCUCCCCCCUCGCUCCUCCUAAUUAUCCAGAUGAUUACUCUUCCAAUUCAAACAACUGAUCUUUAAAAGCCGGUGCUUUGCCGUGUCUCUCUCGAUCUCCAUUUGUCUCCUCUGGCACUGCAGGGGACUCAACCAGCAAAGCACCAAGGAGAGCUACUGUAUAGAAACGAGAGAAAGACCGAGGAAAGGGGAGAGAAAGAGAGAGAGAGAGAGGGGAAGAAAUAUAUACAUCCAGAAAUAGAAUCAGCCACAUUUAACUGACAGAGAGUGACAAAGUGGAGAACCUGAGACCUGGACACAAAAUGCCUAUCCUUUCUAACUUAACAACCGUUGCUUUGUUGCUGAUUGCUCACUGCGGAUCAUGGACCGGGGCAAACCGCUUGGGCCCCUUCAAGGUCUGUCCCUCCUGCAAGGAUCCACUGGGGGCAGGCCGGCCCCCCAGGGACCAUAAUUCUGCUGGCAGCACAUCAGUGUUGGCCCAGGGAGAGCCCUGUGGUGUGUACACCCUGAGCUGUGCCAAGGGGCUCCGCUGUGUCCCCCCGCCGAGGGAGCACAGCCCUCUGCAGGCUCUGUUGCAGGGAAGGGGCAUUUGCGCCAAGCACAGCAGGACAACUCCCACUGAGAGGCCCCAGCCCACAGGUCCUCAUCCCUCACACAGUGGUGACAUUGAAAAAGCACCCUGCCGCAAGCUGCUUAAUAGUGUCCUGAGGGGUCUGGAGCUGACAAUCUUCCAGUCUGACCGUGACAUCUAUAUACCCAACUGUGACACCCGUGGCUUCUACAGGAAAAAGCAGUGCCGCUCCUCCAAGGGCAUGCAGCGUGGCCACUGCUGGUGUGUGGACGAGCUUGGCACGCCCGUGCCCUCACGUGCCAGUGAGGAUGGUACAGUACCGUGCGAUGGGGAGUGAGGGAUGAGGCUGUCCUAUUGCUCUGAGCCAGGAGGAAGAGGAGGAGGAGGAGGAGGUGGAGGAGCAGGAGCACAGGGAGAGGGGGUGGCUUUAGCAUGUGCUAGACACUGCCUGGACAGGAGGUAGCAGGGAUAAACCACUUCCUAUGGAAAACACACACCGGUUAAUGUCCUCUCUAAAGCAAGACACACACACUCUCACAGUCCAGCAGCAGCAACAGCAACAUCUGCCUGAAUGUUCAACAGUUGCAGCAGCGUCCUCUGCGUCUCCUGGUGACACGCUGCAUGCUCACAUUAACGCUCCGUGAACUGCCUCAGUGAUCCAAAGCGGUAUUACUCCGAAUGAUCUCUAUAUUCCCUGGCUCUUGUCCCGGCUUUCUGGUAGAUUUCUGUUUUUCUUUUGAGUUUAGGAUAGCUGACACUGCCUGUGUUUGUUCUGAUCUCAGUGGGCUGAAAUACUGUUACGCAGGUGAUCUGACACAGAUGUUUAAAAAAGAUGUGUCUCCCUCACCGUCCUCUCUCCCUCUCUCCAAAGAUACACUGAUAUCAACGUACCUAAUCCACAGAAUUUUUCUUUUCUAUUAAUUUAUUUUUGAGUCUGUAUUUCCAUCCAGUACUGCUUGAAUCUUACAGUAUCUUAUAUAUGUGUCGUCAGAGUCAGAAAAAAUAGUCAUAUGAAUAUGAUCCUGGAUGCUUCUGUUCAUUUUAUUUCUGACUGCUUAUUUAGUUGAUUGUUUGUACAUAUGUUUGAAUUUUGUGGUCGACUGUGUGUUCUGAAGUGGCAGACUAAAAGCUUACGGCUGUUACCCUUUUCAAAAAGUUGUAAGGCAUAUUUUUAUACACGUCAAUAUAAUAUUUUAUAUAUGAAUUGUUGGUUUAUUUAAUGAACUACAGUACAAUGCCAUGUAUUUUUAUAUUGUCAGCAGUUUCUUAUUUAAAGACAGAGAUUAUUUUAUUUCAUGUUAGGGGAAGUGUUGUGCUUCAGAGGCACCUUUAUGGCAAAACUCAUCACAUUCAUCAGAGGUCUAUUCAACUGCUGCACAUGUCAUGGUUAUAUCUUAUGUUUUCACUUCCUUUUUUUAUUUAUGCAUCGUUUAUUUGAGAACUGAGAAUGUUCAUGUAACUGUUUUGUUUCGUUUCGGCACAUCAUACUUUCCGAUUCUGGUUUCAACAGAGGAAAAAAACGAGAUCAAAUUUGUUAUUGUUCUAGUCUGUCUCUCCCGAGUCCUUGCAAAAGUCAUGAAAUUGUGUGCUCUGUCAGUGUGAUUAGAAUUUAUCUAUUUCUGAACAAUCUUGUUGUGCCAAUGUGUGUGCCGUGAUGAAAGGUCUGUGCACAAAGGACCUGUAAGAUUUACAAAAAUGAAAAUAAAACAUAAUGAUAAUAAAAGUGGAGAAGAUUAAAACAUAUAUUAAUA